AUGCCGCCGGCCAUGUUCAUCAGCGACGCCGACCGCCAGCGGAAGAGGGACGCGCAGCAGAAGCAGCGCGCGUUCCUCGAGGAGCAGCUCGCGGACCGGCGGACCGAGCGCCGCGCCGAGACGCGGCGCGAGAGACAACGCGUGCGGUCCGAGCGCGAGGAGCUCGGCCUGGACGCGGACGACGCCGCGGAUUUGUUGGAUGCGCGCGACCGGCGGGCGCGCCGUAAUCGUAGGUCGGCGACGCCGGAGGAGCCGCGGCGCCGCGGCCGCGACAAAGAGAACAAAUCACCACGCCGGCGUUAUGAGGAUGACGACGACGACGGGGGCCUCGAGCCGACGCCGCCCCGCCCUCGACGCCGCCGCCGCGAGACGCACAAGGGCGCGAUGCCUGGUUUAAAGCUGGGCCGGCGCCGCCGCCGCGACGAGGACGACGAGGACGAGCGACCGGCGGCGCCGCGCAUCGCCACAUACAACGACGAUGAUGACGACGGCGCCGCGAUCCCGGGCAUUGGAAGGGGCAGCCGCCGCCGCCGCGAGCCGCGCAUCGCCACGUACGACGACGACGACGACGGCGCGGCGAUACCGGGCAUCGGGCGCGGGAGCCGCCGCAGCCGCGACGACGAGGACGAGGACGACGCGCCGCCGCGGCGGCCGCGCCGGAACGCGAAGCCGCGACGGCCGCGCCGCGACGACGACGACCUCUCGUCGCUGGCGCAGGCGUCGUUCUCGGAGGCGCGCGACAACCUGUUCGACGAGCGCCCGCGGCGGCGCCGCGGCAAGGACGACGACGCGCCGCGGCGCCGGCGCCGGCACCCCCCGGGGUGGCCGCGCGACGACGCUUCCGACGACGACGAGGCGCCGGCGCCGCCGCGCGUCGCCUCGUACGACGACGACGACGGCCGGACGGCCACGCCGGGGACGCCCUCGCGGUGGUCGGGGAGCGAGCGGACGGCCGCGACGCCGGGCAGCCCGCGGCGGUCCUCACAAUCGCCGAAGGCCGACAAGGGCGGCACCUUCUACCCCUACUUCGGGGGCGGGGACGCGGUCGCCGCGCGUUUGUCGCACAACAAGUCCAUGCGGGCCCUCGCCGAGCUCCAGGGCGACUCGCACGAGCAGCGGGAGGCGCGGCGGAAGAAGGAGGCGGACUUCCGGAGGUUGUUGGAUGAGCAGCGCCGCCGCGAUGAAAGACGAAAGAAGAAGGAGGCCGACGAGAAGCGCAAACUCGACGAGAAGGACGCGGCCGAGCUCUUGGCGGCGCAGCGCAAGUACCACGCGGAGACGGUGAAGAAGUCCGGCGUCCGGCGUGUCUCGCUCCCGCCAGAUGACAAAGGAGAGGGUGCGGACGACGCCGAACCGGGGCCGCCGCCCGCGGAGCCGGAAGAUGAAAAAGAGGCGACGUUCCGCGACCGCGACAAGCUGCCGCGGACGCGGGGCGCGCCCAAGCCCUGGACGCGGGGCGCGCCCCGGGCCGCCACACCUCAUGAUGAUUUGGAAGACAGCGGCGGCCUUGAGCCGGCGAUCCCGGGCAUCGGGCGGGGCAGCCGCGGCAGCCGCCCGUCGACCUACGACAACUACAGCGACGACAACGAACCGCCGCCGCGGAAGCGCAGCACGCACGACUCGACCGCAGAUUUGGAAGGCAUGUACCGCGAGAUGCUGCGGGAACAGCGCAUGCUCCGCGAGCGCGUCGAGGAGCUCGCGCGCACUUCUAGGGAGGAGGUGCGUCUGAAGCGGCGCGACCGCCGACGACCGACGCCCGACAGCGCGCGGCCGUCGACGACGGGCUCGGUACAACCGCCACCGCCAAAGCGCGCGGGCCCGCCGCCGGACACGUGGCGGCCGCGGCGCGCGGGUAGACGAUCAGGCACGGCGCCGGACGACCAAGAGUUCGGGCCGCGGCGCGGCGGGCGGCGCCGCGCGGCCGCGGCCGACCGCGAGUGGCGUCAUAAGGGAGAGCCGUCCCAGACGAAGUGGGGCGGCACCAUCAGUCCGAAGAAGGACCCCUGGGAGUUCAAGAAGAAGAAGCCCAAAGGGGCCGCCUUCGCUCAUCAACCGACGAUCCCGCGCAAGCCGCGGCCGCGCGCCUUGAAACCGCCGCCCAUCCCCUUUGAAGCUCGGCAGACCGACGCUCCCAGAAGAAUACGUCGUCGGCGCGGUGCACCGCCGCCGCCGCCGCGCUUCGACCCGCGCUACGACGACCGGCAGCCGUCGCCGUCGGCGCCGCGCUACGACCCGUCGCCGCCCAAGGAAGCGCGCCAGUCGCCGGCGCGCGGCAUGCAGUGGGGCCCCGAGCUCAAGUCAACCUCCGAGUUUGUGGACGACGCGCCGUUUGCUUCUCCAUCACCUCCUCGGCGGACGCUGGCCGACGACUUCUAGCUAGAUGGGUAUAAA